AUGAAGAAGAAUUGGCCGUCUCUGAAGAAUGAUCGACUCCUUCGAGCCGCACGAGCUGGCCGCUACCUCCCCGAGUACCACCAGGCCAAAGGCAAGCGCGACUUCUUCGAGUGCUGCCGUUCCCCUGAGAUCGCGUCCACGUUGACCCUCCAGCCGAUCGACCGCUACGAUGGCCUCAUCGACGCAGCCAUUAUCUUCUCCGACAUCCUCGUCAUUCCGCAGGCCAUGGGCAUGGAGGUGCGGAUGGUCGACGGCGUUGGGCCCCAGUUUCCGCACCCGCUUCGCAGCCCGUCGGACGCACAGUACCAGGAGAUUGUGCAGCGGGAGGUUGACGUCAAGAAGGAGCUGGACUACGUGUACAAGGCCAUCACGCUGACGCGAGAGAAGCUGGCCGGCCGGGUGCCGCUGUUUGGGUUCUGCGGCGCGCCCUGGACGCUGCUCUGCUAUAUGGUGGAGGGCGGCGGGACGAAGCUGUUCCGGGAAGCCAAGACGUGGGUCUACAAGUACCGCGAAGAGAGUCAGGUGCUCCUGAGGAAGAUGGCCGCCAUCUGCGUCGAGUACCUCGCGUUACAGGUGGCGGCUGGGGCACAGAUCGUGCAGGUCUUCGACUCGUGGGCGGGGGAGUUGUCGCCCGCGUCGUUCAAGGAAAUCUGUCUGCCGUCACUGGGCUACAUUGCGGAGAACCUCCCCGAGCGGCUACGGGAGAUGGGCGAAGACGUGGUCCCCAUGGUCGUGUUCGCCAAGGGCGCAUGGUACGCCCUCGAUGACCUGUGCGAUUUGGGAUAUGAUGUGGUGGGACUGGACUGGCUGCAUGAUCCCGCGGAAGCAGUGAAGAUCGCGAGAGGGAGAGUCACCCUGCAAGGCAACGCGGAUCCGGGCGUACUCUACGGGGGCCGUGACGCCAUCACGAAGGUGGUCGAGAACAUGGUCCGGGGCUUUGGAGGGGGGAAGGAACGAUGGAUCGCGAAUCUCGGACACGGCGUGACCCCGGGCGUCAACCCAGACGAUUUGAAGUUCUUCUUUGAAGAGAUUCACCGGUGUAGUGGUGCUGCAUGA